ACAUCCGUUGAGAUGGAAGUCAUUGAUUGGCUUGCGCCACUCGGAUGGUCCACACUUACGUCCGCCUCUCACUUCAAUUCACCACAACAUCUGCUCAAAAUGCAUCCCAUCCUCCGAACUUCCUUCUUUCCUCCAUCCAGACCUCUAAACCACCAGAGAAAUAUACAACACCACAGCGGAUAUGGCAACAAUGUCCGGGGACUCGACCAUCCAGGCUGAAAAUCCACCGCCAAAGAACCCCAGUCGACAGCGGUUCAAGCCACAACUGUCCUGCACGUUUUGCAGAAGCAGGAAGUUGAAAUGUGACAGAACAAUGCCAUGCGAGAACUGCGUCAAGAGAAAUUUGGCCUCGUCUUGUACCUAUGUACAUGCUGCACUAGUGCGAGACAAAGCUCAAGUCCAAAAAACCAACCAAGCACCCAAAGAUGUUCAAAGCCAAGUCCGACGCCUGGAAGAGCUGGUCAUCUCUCUGAUGAACAAGACGAAUCAGGGAGAGUUGCCGUUAGGAGUUCCAGAUCAUGUGACGCCCGAUCAUUCCUCAAGCUCUAGCGAUCAAGUUGCCGAUAGCAUAGAGGACGAUGAGGGAGGGAGUAAUGUUCCGAAUCGGCAAAUGAAGAACACUGCUCUCUCCUUUGGCCGUAUCACGAUAGGCGAGGAUGACCGAGCAAAUUAUGUUGGCAGCAGCCAUUGGACUGCAAUUUUGGACAACAUCGCAGGUCUGAAAGACCAACUUGACAUUACUGAUGAUCCACGAGAAGAGACAGACACCGUACCAGAAGUGCCUGGUCCAGAUCUUCUUGUUGGUUCAGUCAAAGCUGCAUCGAGGGCGGAAAUCAUGGCCUCCCUACCUCCCAAGGCUAUCUCAGAUAGACUUAUUGACAGGUACUUCCAGACUGCAGACAUGGGAUCUUCCAUGCUUCAUGGACCAACAUUCAUGAAGGAGUAUGAAAAAUUCUGGGAAGAUCCAAAAUCAUUUCCGAUCAUGUAUAUCGGGCAGCUAUACGGAAUAUUUACUUUGUCGGUAUUUUAUGAAGUGAUUACUAAAUCACCUUCGAGCUUGGCGGGAAUGCCACUUCAAGAUCCAUCCGAUGCUGUUGCGAUAUAUCGGGAAAAGACCAUCCAAUGUCUUGUACUGGGCAAUUACACAGACCCAGGACCAUACACUGUGGAAACUCUUUGGCUUCAUUACAUCUCCGCUCAGUUCCGAUCUCCAGAUGCGCUUUUUGGAGGAUGGAUGAUCUUCUCCCUUGUCAUUCGAACAGCAAUGCGACUUGGAUAUCAUCGCGAUGCGUCACACUACCCUAACUUGUCCGAAUUCAAGGGAGAGAUGCAACGUCGGCUUUGGGCUACUAUUGUUCAUCUUGAUCUUCAGACUUCUCUGCAAGUUGGCCUUCCAAGGAUGAUCAGAGAAGGAAUGUAUGAUACGGAGGCACCUCGAAAUCUCAUGGAUGAAGACUUCUCCGAGAUGAGCACGGUGCUCCCACUUCCUCGACCAGAUCACGAGUUGACAGCUGUCGGGUGUGCGAAUAUCAAGCACAGGCUCACCAAAGUCCUUGGCAUGAUUGUAGACCAGGCCAACUGGACUUGUCCAAUCUCAUACGAGAUGGUCAUGAAGCUAGACAAGCAACUCCACGAUGCUCAUCGCAGGACACCGCCAUCUCUCAGAGCUGAUAGCAUCAACGAUCUGCUCAACGGCUCACCCGUCCAGAGGUUUCGGAAAGCCACUUUGGACCUUAUCUUCCAAAAAUCUCGAUGCAUUCUCCAUCGCAGAUUCUUCUUCGUAUCCAAAACCACGGGGGAGUAUCCAUAUCCGUACUCAAUGAAGUCGUGCAUUGAUGCUGCGAUGAGAAUUCUUCAAAUGCAACUACUCAUGCACGAAGAAUGCAGGCCUGGCCGAACGCUGUAUGAGCAUAGGUGGCGGACGUCGUCUCUCAUGUCCCAAGACUUCUUGCUUGCAGGUAUGCUUAUCUGCCUGCAUAUCGGCCAUGGCAUCACGAAUAGCCCAUCCAAACAAGGAGAACCCCAGUCAAACGGAAUUCGGUUGAGAUGGUCCCGAGCGGAAAUGCUGCAGGCUUUGCAAGCAUCUUGUAAGGUCUGGGAAGACGCAGCACCUACUUCCAAAGAAGCUGCCAAAGCUGUGAAAACAUUGAAAGCUAUGUUAGCAAAAGUAGCAGGAAGCCAGCAGCCAAGUCCAGCGGUUGAUGCCAAAUCAGAAAGUCCUUCAAGAGGUUGGGCGAACUUUGCGGCAUCACUAUCGACAGGUUCUGAUCCAUUCACGGGAUCAACAUCAGAUCUGCAGACUGACGCUGGCGAGCCAGUCCUUUCGUCAUCUUGGGUACCAGUGACUUCUCCACACCUCAAUGCUUCGCUUGAAGCGGGUAGUGGUAGUCAGCCUUCUUUCGACAACAACAUUGGGAACUUGGGUCUUGAAACAAUGGACUGGUCAAGUCUACAAUACCAGUCUUGGCGAUGCCCCGACUGAGCUUUGGAACUUUGAUUCCAACAUCAGCUUGGUAGAUCCAAAUCUAAAUUCAGAAAUGUGGGACCAGCAGCUUUGAGCCUGAAAAUAGAUUGUGAAGAAGUGUGCAUAAUGCAGGGGGUCCGUCGAUAUGAUUGGCGUUCAACUCGGUUGAUCCUGGUGAAACGCCAAGGAUCCUGGGGAAACAGAGCACGGCAUAUCGCUUUCAAC